AUGCCUUCAACUACUGGUGUUAGUAUUGAUGAUUGUAAAGCACAAUUGGCUGCCAAUAUAGUCAAAUUAUCAAAUGCGGAUCCUCUCAAUAUUAUUCAGGCUUUAUCGACUUUAGAUUGUCCGGGUCUUGUUGGAAUGAUUGAACAAUAUGGUACUUUAUCUUGUGAAAGAACAUCUUUUCUACAAGCACUUGUGACGACAAUUUCUGCUAUUUCUGGUCCUAUUACAGUGCAAAAUUCAACCGGCAAUUAUUCACUUCCAUUGAACUUGUUUACUCAUUUAAUUGGCGAACCAGGAACUCAAAAAUCUAUAAUUAUUAGAGUAAUUCGACAUGCUAUGACACAGUUGGACAAGUUAUUUCCUGGUGUCUAUUCAAAAUCUUCCAGAGGCCGCCGACGUACUUCAAUGGUGAUACAAUCUGAAACUGAAUUAUCAUUGUCGAAAAAGAUGGCCAAAGUGGGAGAUAUUUUUGCAAUAUGUGAUGAGAUUGACACAUUGCUGACCAAGUUAUCCGUAUAUUCGGCUGGUGAACGAGCAGCAGCUGCUGGCGGCAAAAUUAUGUGCCAAGGGUUUGAUUUAAUCGAAGAAGAGACACGUGGUACUGGUCCCCAUACUCAUACUAUUCAUUCAGCAAAAUUAGCAAUCCUGGGUGCCAGUACAGGAGAAAAAUAUGCCAGCAACAUGCAUAAGUUUGAAUCAGGUACUGGAAGUGAUGGUGUUAUUGCUCGUAUGGCAAUCCAUGUCGUUCCAACUGUGGCACCUAAUAUGCAUGUAUCAAGAUCGGUAUUUACCUCAAUACCAAAUAUUCUUCAAUGUCUCAUUAUUAUUCAUUAUCUUGCUGCUGAAAAAGUUCAAUUUUACUUUCAAAAUACCCGAGCUGAUAUUGAUAAUGAGUCAGCACGUAAGUAUUUGUAUUUAAUUUGA